GUGACCUUAGUUGGUUUAUAAAUAAACAUUUUACUUAUUUCAUUGAUUUAUUAUGUGCAUUAUUUAUCGCGAAUGUAAGAAAAGAUGACCGAAAUACAGCAAACAAAAUUUAAUGUUAUCCCUCAAAAAUAUAAAUAGAUUGAGUCUUAUCACUGUUGGCGUCUUGUUUUUUGUGAUUUAGUUUACAAAAUAAACCAUGGCAGCGGUCGAGACAGUUAAAGUGUCGGUGGUGAUUGAUUCGACGCCUAAUAUAAUACCCUGUUCAAGUUCUUUUACUGCAGAAGAAUUGUGUAUAGUUUUAUGCAAGAAGUAUAACAUUCCUCCACUAACGCGUACGUUAUUUGCAUUACGGAUCAGAGGUACGGAGUAUUUCCUCAAAGAUAACAGCAAAGUUCUUUCGAGUUCACGAGAUUAUGAAUUGAGAAUACGGUUCAAGGUACCUCGCCUUGGACUCUUAAUAACUUUAGAUGAAACAACAUAUGACUAUUACUUCCAACAAGCUCGCAAUGAUGUCAAUGAGAACAAAAUACCAGAAAUCAAGUAUCCCGAACAUAAACAAGAGUUGCUGGGCCUUGGUAUUGCAGAUAUGACUCGGGCAAUACUAGAAGAGAAAUUGCCCUUGAAUGAUGUGGUUCGUAAUUACAAGAAAUAUAUCCCAAAGGUUAUCGUCAGAAGACAUGGACCUUUCCCGAAAAAGUAUGCCCAUGAUUAUCUCCCACAGUUGUGCUCCGUGGGGCACAAUGUAAAUUAUGUCAAAAAUCUUUACCUGCAACAAUUAUAUGGAUUAGCGCCUAACUAUCUCGCAGAAGAGUAUGAUAACGUUCUUUGGCAGAAUGGUAGCGAUGUAGUAUCUGUGAAAGUUGUCGUCGCACCGUUCCAUCCCCACCAGCCCGGCAUACGAAUAUUCAAUACUACAAAAAGAGAUUGGUUUCAUGUUUGCACGAUAGAAGAGUUGAUAUAUUUGACUAGAAACGGUGACCAUUCUUUGGAAGUUUCUAGAAGAGGGACGCCAUUGUUUUUUAAAUUCAAAUCUGAAGAACAGUUAUCAUCAUUUAUAUCACUAUGCGAUGGAUAUUAUCGAUUGAUGGUGAAAUGGACUUUCAACCUUUCAAAAGACGACGAGACUCCCUCAUUGAAAGAAUUGCAAAGGAUAAAAUGUCAUGGUCCGGUCGGCGGUGCAUUUUCGUACCGAAAAUUGGAAGAAAAACGCAGUAAGAAACAUGGGUGCUAUAUCAUAAGACAGUGUCAAGACGACUACAAUGUAUUUUAUUUAGACGUUUGUACAAAGAACAGUACCACAGAGACAUACAGAUUAGAGUUCAAAGGACAUUGUUACAUAUUCAAUAAAGAGGAAUACUUCAGCAUUGAAAGGCUGGUCGGCUGUCACCAGAAUAAUGAAGGAAGGAUAUUUUUAAAUGAGUGUAUUCCUCCUUCUGAAUAUGAUAAAUCUCAAUUACUUCUGUGCGGUGAACCAUUGAAGAAAGGUGUUAGGAUAGACCAAGCAGAGUUGCAAGAUAUAUUGAAGGACAACAAAAGUCCUCGAUGCUUACCGAACAAAGACAUACUUUUGUAUACAGGUUCUGAAAAAGUGGGAUCAGAAAACAUCACAGCUACAUACAAAGCUUUAUGGAGGCUCGAUGAAACUAAAAAGCUUCUGGUUGCUUUCAAAACACUUCAGCGGGAAAGAGCUAAUGAUUAUUUAAAGGAUUUCAUAGAAUUAGCGAGUAAAUGGGCUUGCGUGCAGUCAAGUUCGAUUGUCCGGUUGUACGGCGUUACUCUCAGCUCGCCCACAGCCAUGGUGCUUGAAUUUUUGCCUUAUGGACCAUUUGAUGUCUACCUAAGAGAAAACGAAGAACUUGUGAAGCCGUUACACCUGAAGAAGGUAGCCGCAGGCUUGGCUCGAGCGCUGUGGGACCUGUCGGAGGCGGGUGUCGUCCACGGCGGGAUACGGUGUCGGCGACUGUUGCUGGCGUCUCACCAAGCUGACAGGAUCAUCGUCAAGCUGUCGGGCCCCAGUCUUAGACAAUACACGCCGCAAGAUGUACAUUGGAUGCCGGUGGAAUUUUUCUCUGAUAUGAAUCUCGCAAAGCGUUCAGUAGUAGGUGAUAUUUGGGCAUUCGCGACCACGUUGUGGGAGGUCUUCUCCUAUGGACAGUCACCGGCGGACACCAACCCCGUGCUGACUGCAAGGAGCUACGAGAUGGGCGACCGGCUGCUGCGUCCGUCGCGCUGCCCGGGCGAGGUGUGGGCGCUGCUGCGGCAGUGCUGGCACAGCGACCCCCUGCGCCCGCAGGAGAUCAUGCGGGACAUGAACCACAUGCUGCAUCGCGAGUACGUACCGCUUCACGAGUAUGAAGAGCCAAAGAUAUCUUUAGACCACAUGGAGCACGCAGAAACAGUGUCAAGCGAUAGGUUUAUUCCGAGCGAGUUGAGCGACGCUGGCAGUAAUAAAUCGUUAAUCUCAGUGGACAGCAGUGCGGCCUCCAUGAAUGGCACCAUGUCGGAUCAGUACGAUAAUCCGUUCGCGGACAGCAAGAGCUCGAACUCGCUGGAGAGCAUGAACGCGCUGACGUACGCGCUGCGCAGCGCGCGCAGCCGCAGCGCGCGCAGCGGCCGCAGCAGCGCGUGCGCCGCGCACGACGCGCACGACGCGCACGACGACCUCGCCGCCUGCGCCGCGCCGCGCCUCAUGGAGUCCAUCGUGUCGCAGGGCAAGACCUACCUCGUCACCGUCACCAAGAAGAUCGGCAGCGGUAACUAUGGUCACGUAUUCAAAGGAUGGAUGGAGCGAGACAACCAAGAAUCUCAACGAAAAGAAGUAGCUGUUAAAAAACUGACCAGGCAGGCGUCCGAAAGGAAUGGCAGUCUUUAUGAGGACUUUAAGAACGAACUCGAAAUUAUGAAAUCACUACAACAUAUAAAUAUAGUGGAAAUCCUCGGCUACUCCUGGGACCACGGGUCUGAUGUUCUUAUCGUUAUGGAAUAUUUGGAGGAAGGGUCACUCAACUAUUACCUUAAGUUCCAAGGGGACAAAUUACGUAUAUCGCAUCUGCUUAAAUAUGCAAAAGAUAUAGCUACGGGUAUGGAUCACGUAUCUGCAAAAAAUGUCGUACAUCGAGACCUGGCUACGCGUAAUAUCCUAGUGGUCAACAAGUAUCACGUUAAGAUAUCAGAUUUUGGACUCGCAAGGAUUAUACCUAAAGAGGAGAACGCAUAUAGGAUCAAGACCGAACGAUUGCUACCGAUUAAUUGGUACGCGCCCGAGUCCGCCGUGGAGCCGUGGCACUUCUCUACAAAGAGCGACGUGUGGUCGUUCGGUGUGACGGCGUGGGAGAUCUUCACUCGCGCGCGACACGAGGUGCCCAAGUUCGACGUGGAGCGACCCAGGGAGAGGGCUUCUUGUUUCCAAAUACCGGAGGGCUGCCCAUCAGAAAUAUUCAGGCAUCUCAUGAAGGAGUGUUGGGCGCUCGACCCAAACAUGCGACCGAAGUUCAUCGAUCUCGUGCAUAUGUGCAAGCGGUUCAUGGACGAGUACAAGUGAGCUGAUGUCAAUGUUUUUUCAUGGUAAUAAGACAGGUUUUCUUUUAACACAACGAAAAACAUUUAAUAGAACGAGUGACAUCAAUCUCGAUUGUAUUAUUAUUAUUUGGUGUUGUGUAACUAUUUUGGAAUGAUGACGAUAUGUAUCGGAUAAAAAAAAAAAAAACCUUAACCUUAAAGUUAAUGUUUUGCUGAGCUAUGUUCUUAUAUACAUGAUACCUACACGAUAUUUAAAUAUUUAAAUUAGAUAUAUUGCUAAAAAAAAUCUUUAAAACUUCAUUGACCAAUAAAUUAUAUACUUUAUUUAACACAGCGUUCAGCUUAACGCCCGCCAUAUCUUAUAGUAUCUCGACGAUUUAAGCAUCGCUUAAAGAUAACCUCAUAGUAUAGUAGACGUAAGUUUUAUCACUUUACAAAUUCGUUGCGCAUACGCACAUAACAAGAAAAUGACAUGUUAUAUAAAAUUAGCUAUAUUGUAUGUGUAUUGUGGUUCCUUUGCGCAUUUGCCUUAGUUUUUUUUUUUUUUUAAUUUGUAAUAGCUAUUUGUAAAUAUGUAUAAAAUGUAGUGCAAUCAAAUGAUUUAACAGUUUUGUCUGUUAUAAACAAUACCUCCAUGCAAUUUUUAUUAGAUCACAUUAGGGUUUUAUGUUUAAGAAUUAUUUUAUAAAUAGUUUUAGUGAAAUGAAACUACGUUAAUCUUACGGUAACGACAGAUAUGAACUUGCCCUUUAGGAAAGAUUUUAUUGUGACUGUGUUUAGUCAAUUCUAGAAUAUAGAUAUAAUUUUAAAGUUAUAUAUAUAUAUAUAUAUAUAUAUUAUAAAUGAUUUUUGCUAGGGAAUCAUUGUUAAACUUGAAAUGUUUAUAAUAUUUUAUUUGACAUAUUUCCGUUUAAAAUGAAUAUGAUCUGGCGAGCGGAAGUGAUCCUUAUUUAUAAAUUUAUACAUUUUAGAUAACAUUUGUAUUUUCAAGUUUAAUAAUAAUUUCUUGCAUCGCUUCAAAACCAAAGAUGAUAUUAAAUUAUCUUUUAAUGAUGUUAACUAAAGAUACAAUUUUUAUUGUAAGAUUAAUCACAUUGUGUAUUGGUGUUGCCACGCUGCAAUUAUAAAAUGUUUUAAAAUAUUAUUAAAUAUUAAUUAAUACUCUGACAUUUAUUAACAUACGAUAGAUUAUGUAAUGAAUUGUUUGAUGCAUUCAAAGCUUCCAUAUUGAAAUGAAGAAUGGAACAAAUGUUGUGACAUUGUUGUAUAACAUUUUGUAACAAUAAGUGUGGCUUGUGUAUUUAAUUUCGAGUGAUCUUUUUUUAAUUUUACACGACAAAAUUACAUUGGCUACUAUUUGUGACGGUUAAUAAACAUUUUAUGAGAUUUUAGUAGCUGCAGUGUUGCAACACUAAAUAUAUAUCGAUAACAUUUAUUUUUUCAAAUAUAAAUUUACAAUUUGCUGUUGUGACAGUUAGUUUUAUUGAAUGUUAAAUAUGUUUUAUAUUAUAUUAUGAUAAGGAACAUAUUUUAUUCAUUUAUCAUAUUGUUGAAGCUAUAUGGUAACUGUUUGUUUAUAUAUUUUAGCAUUAAACUGAAUAUAUGAAUGUUUUUUGAAGAUGAGACUGAUUACGAGACGAAAUUCGGUGCUAAAAGGAAUGAUUGGCCUUAUUAAACCAUUUUUAUUAGCUUUGCCAUUAUUGCUAUAUAUUUGAACAUUUUAAAUAAACUUUGCUAAGAUUAUAAAUUUUCGCGGCUAAUCGCUUGUUUUAAAAGUUUUUAGAUUAUUGAUCUAAUGUCAAUUUCAAUUAAAUUUUAAAAUUAUGGAAAUUAAAUUAAUUAAUUUAAGUGAUCACAAUUUAUGUUUGAGACUUAAUCUUAAUUAGAAUUGCGAUAUUAAAAGUAAUGUUGAAAAUGUUUUUAAAUUUCUUGAAUGAGUACAACGAACUGGCCUCCCUUUUUUCACUUUAAUAAAAUAAAUUCUAUUCAUAAUUAUAAUAAAAAUGUACGAUAAGAAGAUAAAUGUCUAUGACCAAACAUAUUUUUUUAAGUGUAUGUUUGUUAUAUAAUAUAAAUUAUGGCCAGGUUAUUUAUAUAUUUCGAAUUGUCGCCUUGAUAACAUUUAAUUUUUUUGAUUGAAACACUAUGAGAGAUAUGUCAUAUUUUUACAUUGUCCUUACUGUCCGGUUUUCUGAAGCUUCUGAUCCGUUAUAGUUAAUGGUGCCUUUUUAACUCGUAUACUGUAUUCCAAUGACAGCAGUAGUAAAGAUAAAAAAAUCGUAAACAUUACGCGUGAUUUGCUUUUAGCUCUAUUAUAUCAUACACUACAAACAGUUCAUGAAUAAUAUACAUUUACUUAUAAAAUACAAAACCAUUCUCACUUAUCUAAUUACAUCGAUUUUAAUUUUACUACCAAAGUUCCAAUAAAAAGUCAGCGUUCAAAACGCCAUUUUUUCUCGAAUCCAUAAUGAAAACCAAUAUUACACAUCUCGACCAUCGACUUAAUGUCAAUUCAAGGUCAAAGUUGUUUUUUUAUCUUUAUUUCUGCCAUUGGUACAUAACACUAAAAUCCAUUAAAUAGCUUUAACACAAAACUAAACAUUAAAAUCCGAUCCAAUUGUUUAUAACCUACUUGUAACUAUUAAAUAAUAAUUAUUCAUAGAAGUGCGUAUAUGUGAUAACUUUUUUUGCGUUACGACAUCACGUUUUUUUAACGAGCAAAUUACAGGACAGGGUGUAUUUUGUCUGAUAUAUAUUCAUAAAUAUUAUCAAUAACUUCGCGUGCAAAAAAUAUAUAAAUAUAAAUUUAUCGAGUUUGAAAAUUGAACUGCUAAUGGAUUGAUUCUUAAGGUUUUUUUUCCAUCAAUUAGAGAGAGAGAAUUCAAAGCAUGUUUCGCACUGAAAUCUGAAACUUUGUUACGUGUUUUGAAUUUUUGAGUGUAUGGAAUUCUUACUUUUUAUCAUAAUCGAUAUUUAAAUAUGAUUUAUCUUAUCGCAGACUCUUUAAUAGAUUUGAUACAUAAUGUUUCAAAUUAUAUUUAAUUUUUUCAUUUGUUCAUAAAAUACGUCCGUAGCGUGAUGAGUCCUUAUUACUAAUCUGCACUAGUAAUAAGGAUUUCCCUUUGCUUUUCUUGGACUUUAUUUGUUAUUUCUGGAUUUUAAUUUUUUGUCCGUCGUCUUAAAUCAAUUUUUCGUUUUAAUAAUUUUUUAUGGCACUAUGAUUGUAAUUCUUAUUUGUAAAUGAGUAUUUUGAGCUUAAGAAUUGUUUGAGAUUUGAAAAUGACGAGACAAACGGUAAAAUGACCUACGUGACGUAUGAUAACGAUAUGAUCACAGUAUUGUAAUAUUGAUAUUUGAUCGGAAUAGUAUAUAUUCCGUUGCAUUUAGUUGAAUCAUCGCUGUGAUUUUUCUUCGACAUGGAGAUGAGUUUAUGUAAUACAUGACUGUGUAGUACAAUAGACCAGUGCAAAGUAAUUUCUUAUACAGUUACCAGAAUUGAAAAUAAGAAGAUUUGUAAACGAACAAUUCAUUAACGAACGUAGAUAAUUAUGAAAUGUAAUUUUAAUAUAUGCAUGUUUUAUUUACAUCUAUGUAUCGCUGUAUAUAUAAUUAUAUUAGGUGUUAAAUAUUACACAUGUAAGUUAAGUUAUAUUAUAUAGAAAUGUUUCUUUUAAUGUAAAAUAUGAUUCAGUUUUACGAGUUAAGAAAGCCAUAAAGUUUACAAAGUUUUGUCAAAUAAUUUAAAUAUGUAUUUAAAAUAAAUGCCUUCUAUUCUUAUAUGAAUUUGUUGUUAUUUUUAUAAUUUGUAAUAGUUAUAUUGAAUUAUUUCAACAUUAGUGUAAUUUUUAUGUCGAUAAAACUUUGCAUUUUAUAAUUAUUAAAUAUAAAAUUGUAUUUUACAAUAAAUGAGGCUAUU